AUGAAAUUUGAUGAUUUCUUACAUACAAUAAAUGAUUUUGGUCGAUAUCAAAAAUUAAGAUAUAUUUUUAUAUGUUUAACAUACAUGUUACCACCGAUUAUGGUUUACACAUGGUCAUUCACUGCUGCGAAACCAACAUUUCGAUGUAGAUUGUCAGAAAAUGAUAUUGAAUUUAACAGCAAUAGUUCAUUUUUAUUCAAUCAGAGUCAACCUGAUGAAACAUACUGCACAGCAAAUAUGAAAAUAUCUGUUAAAGAAUGUCAACGAUGUUAUAGGAAAACAAUCUCAGACAGGGGAACAGCACAAAUUCAAGCUUGUAAAGAUUUUGUUUUUGAUCGGACGUAUUAUCAGUAUACGCUGGUCGAAGAAUGGUUGAUGGUAUGUGAUCGAACUAUAUAUCGUUCAAUCGUACAAAAUAUAUUCUUUGUUGGUUAUAUGGUUGGAUCUAUAUUUUUUGGAAUUUUAGCUGAUAAAUAUGGUCGCCGUCCAAUCAUGAGUGUUUGUAUAGUUUUGAUGGUUUUAACAGGAUUUGUUUGUAGUUUCUUUCCACAAAAACAAGUAUUUGGAUUCUGGCCAAGUUAUAUAGUAUAUACUUUCAGUCGUUUUAUUUUGGCUUGUUCAACGAGAGGCAUUUCUGUGACCGGAUUUGUACUAAUAACGGAGUUGGUAGGUCCCAAAAAUAAAUUUUUAACGGCAAUCAGUGUGAAAUAUUUUUUUGCAAUUGGACAAUUGGUUUUGGUUGCGUUUGCUUAUUUUAUUCGUGAAUGGCGGCGUUUAUCGUGGGCUUUAUCUAUAUUUACUACACCGUUUAUAUUCUUUCAUUUUAUAUUGCCUGAAUCAGCCAGAUGGAUGAUGAGUAAAAGACAUUAUAUCAAAGCUGAGAAACUACUUCGACAUAUUGCAAUAACAAAUAAAAGACCGUUCGAUAAACAAGCAUUUGAACAAUUGAAAAAUGAACAAGAAAAGAGCACACUAGAUCAAUCGCAUCAUAUGGGUAUUUUGGGAUUGUUUCAAACAAAAAUCAUGUUUAUUAUAUCUAUGAAUUUAUUUUUCCAAUGGUUUGUUCAAAAUUUAGUUUUCUAUGGGGUUUCACAAAAUACUGGUUCUUGGGGUUUUAAUCCUUAUUUAUCCUUUACAAUGUCGGCUCUUGUUGAAAUAUUAUCUUGUAUAGUAUUACAUCCUCUACUCAAUCGAGUAGGACGAAAGUUGCCUUAUUUUAUCGCUGCCAUUUGUUUUGCUGUUAUCACAUUAAUAAUAAUACCCAUUCAAAAUAUAAUAAUUAAGAAUAGCGAAAAACAACGGAUUCUUACAUUUAUUUUGAAUGUAUUAUUGAAAUUUUUUGCAGCUGGUAGUUAUAAUAUUAUUUAUAUUUACGCAAAUGAAUUAUUUCCUACACGAAUAAGAAAUACUGGAAUGGGUGUUUGUUCAAUGAUUGCACGCAUCGGAGCAAUAGUUGGAACAACCAGUAAUGAUAUGUUGAGUCGAGUAUGGAUCAAUCUUCCAAGUGUUCUAUAUGGAAUUCUAUCUCUAAUAGCAGCUCUGUCUGUUUUAAUCUUACCAGAAACAUUGAAUAAGAAUUUACCACAAACAAUUGAAGAUACUGAACAGAUGGGCUUAGUUUGCAUCCCUAUUUUUGGUACUAAACGAGAAUCAAAGAUGGAAGAAGAACAAUGUAAUAAAAAAGAACAUAUUUGUUUACAAAAAACUAAUGCAUUGAAAUCAACAAGUGAAGCAGAUCAAAACAGCAAUCAAAUUAUAAAAGAAAAAUGA